UAGCUGUUCAUCCAGAUAAGAGUUGAGACAUAAAACCAGCAGAGUGUCUUUGGACAGGCAAAGAAGAACCAUGAGGUUCCUCCUGCCUGUGGGUUUGAUCGCCGCCACCCUUGCAAUUGCUCCUGUCCGCUUUGACGGGGACAAGGUACUCCGUGUGAAGCUCCAGGAUGAAAAACAAGCAAACAUCAUCAAGGACUUAGCCAAAACCAGCCAGCUUGACUUCUGGUACCCAGACACCACCCACCAUGUAGCUGCUAACAUGACGGUGGACUUCCAAAUCAGUGCAAAGGAAUCCCAGUUUGUUCAGUCUGCGUUGGAUCAAAAUCAAAUGCACUAUGAAAUCUUGAUUCACGAUGUACAAGAAGAGGUUGAAAAACAGUUUGAUGUUAAAGAAGAUAACCCAGGCAGGCACAGCUAUGCAAAAUAUAAUAACUGGAACAAGAUUGUUGCUUGGACUGAAAAAAUGGUGCAUAAGCAUCCUAAAAUGGUCUCUCGUAUCAAAAUUGGAACUACUGUUGAAGAUAAUCCACUGUAUGUUCUCAAGAUUGCAGGAAAGGAUAAAAGAAGAAAGGCUAUUUUUAUGGACUGUGGCAUUCAUGCACGAGAAUGGAUCUCCCCAGCCUUCUGCCAGUGGUUUGUCUAUCAGGCAACCAAAACUUACGGUAAAAACAAGAUUAUGACCAAACUCCUGGACCGGAUGAAUUUUUAUGUUCUUCCUGUAUUCAAUGUUGAUGGAUAUAUUUGGUCAUGGACACAGAACCGCAUGUGGAGAAAAAAUCGUUCCAGGAACCAAAAUUCCAAAUGCAUUGGAACUGACCUCAACAGGAACUUUAAUGUCUCAUGGAACUCUUUCCCUAACACCAAUGAUCCGUGUCAGGAGAUCUAUCGGGGUCCUGCACCAGAGUCCGAGAAAGAGACCAAAGCUGUCAGUGACUUCAUUCGAAGCCACCUAAAAUCAAUCAAGGCCUACAUUACCUUCCAUUCCUACUCCCAGAUGCUGUUGUUUCCCUACGGGUAUACAUCAGAACUGCCACCGAACCACAAGAACCUGGCCAAAGUUGCAAAGAUCGCCACUGAUGUUCUAUCAACUCCAUAUGAAACCCACUACACCUAUGGCCCAAUAGCAUCAACAAUUUACCCAACAUCAGGUUCUUCUUUAGACUGGGCUUACAACCUGGGCAUCAAACACACAUUUGCCUUUGAGCUCCGAGAUAAAGGAAGAUUUGGUUUUCUCCUUCCAGAAUCUCAGAUAAAGCCAACAUGUAAAGAGACCAUGCUAGCUGUCAAAUUUAUUGUCAAGUAUAUCCUCAAGCAUACUUCAUAAAGAAUUGCCCUCUGUUUGGAAUCAGCCAGUUGAUUCUUCUCAUGCCUUUCACUAGAAAGUCACGUCUUUGCUUAUACCUAGAUUGGUUUCCAUAUCACCUGAACAGAUCCUUUCUUGCUCACUGAAGUCCUAUGUUAUUUCUUUUUGCUUUUAUUUACUCUCCAUAACAUCCUAACAAAUAGCUUUAGGUGAAAGUUUAACCAAGUUAAGUUGUAACACAGCAUAAAGUAUUAUUUUGAGUAUUUUGAAAGGUAGUAGACUCUGGAUCAUGAGACGAAAAUGAAAACCUUCACGUUCUUCAGAACCACUUUCACCAUGUGGCUUCAUCGAAAUGAUGAAAUAUGUGCCAAUAUAAUAAAAA